AUCAUAAACCGGCUCUAUAGUAAAAACAUCAGCAAAAUAAAUAUAUUCAAAAUAUAACAACACCACAACCAACUGUACUGUAAACAGAACACGCUAUCAGCACAUUAGUAACAUCUCUGCUAGACAUAGUAAAAAGACAGCCUUACCGUCAUCUUGUUCAUCCAAUUCUAUCCCUAUUAAAGCCAGAUAUCAUCUGUUAAAUUGUCAAUCCUUGUUAAUUACUGUUGACAUUUUAUUAUUACCUGAGACUAUCAAGUAAGUUAUUCACUUCGAACGCUGCGAAAUCAUAUUUUACGAUUUAUAGUUUUUCGCGUCAAAAAUCAGUUCAGACAUGUCUGUGGCGGCUGGAGUGGACAGACUGAUAGUGACGCCCUAUAACAGCAGUGGCAGAGUGGUGCCCCUGAAUGACCCCGAGUUCUCAACACUCACCUCUAAGCCCCCUAGUGGCAGGGCCAAGUCAGGACUCCUCAGGGCUAAAUCGAUGACUAUAAAGCCCACGACUACAACUAGCAUGCCACCUAAUGGCAUCAGAAAGACAAAUCCGAACGCAUUUCACUCCAAACCCAUCUUAGUCGCUGGAAAACAAUCAGAAAAUCUAGACGAAGUGGAAGCCAAAUUGAAGAAAGCAAUCACUAAAAACUUUACCGAGGUCAAACAGCUGUUCCAAGUGUACGACCGAGAUGAUACUCUGCACGUGACAGUGAGUGACUUGAAGAGAGUGUUGACUGAAGGCAUGGGAGUAGACUUGUCUGAGUCACAGUUCACUCAAUUGGUGGAUGGUCCAUUGAGACACUUGCGCAACAAGACUGGCUGCGUGAACUAUGUCCUGUUCAUGCAGGAGAGAUUUGAUAAGUCAUCUAUGAAGGAAGCAUCUAACUGGCUACAACUCAUGAGCAAACGUAUGCGUACGCAGUCGCCGCAGCCUGAUGUGAACAUGGACAAGAUAGAGAGGGGUUUGAGGGAGAAGAUAUCUCUCAACCUGCACAACAUCCUCAGGGCACUGCACCUGUUCGACUACAACAGGGACGAACAUGUGCAGAAGCACGAGAUGCGGAAGGUACUGGAGAACUUCUGCUUCCGCAUGACAGACACCCAGUUUGACAGGCUGUGGGCCCGGUAUGACCUAACACGGUCAGGUGUGACGAACUACAUGGACUUCAUGCAGAGACUGGGUGUGGAUCUGAAGAAGGCAUCCACUCAUGGCAAUCGCGCACAGAGUGCCAGACUAACCCAGAGACCCGCCUCCGCUAAUGCUCGAGUCCUCACUGCUUCCCUGACAGCGGAGAGAGCGAAUACUUCACCCAUGGGAGGAGGGGGCGAUUAUAAGACCGCUGCUGCCCCCGUCACUACCCUGAGACUGAGACCGUCCAGUGCAGACCCCAUAGACACUGGGAGGAGUGGUGGGAGGGUGGAUAAAAAGCAAGAGUACAGUGGUGCCAACAGAGAGCAACCUAGUCUGCAGGAUGUGGAGAAACAGUUCAGAAAACUGAUGCGUGAAAAUCACGAGCAGAUCAGGAAGACAUGUGAGGCAUUCGACCCGCACAAGGAGAAGGUGUUGAGCAUAGAGAAGCUGCACAGCAUCCUGAACAGAUUCACAGUCCCCAUGUCCCCCUCCCUAUUCAACGCCAUACUCACCAGGUGCGGCGUAAAAGCGACUGGCCAGGUGGUGUGGAGUCAGUUCUUGCAACACUUCCAGCAGCCAUUCCAGUUCUCCAGGACGGCCAAUACACUCCCAAUUAAACUCUCCUCACACCAAGUGCUGCCACAUAAGGACAGGAAGGAGGAUGAGAUGAGUGCCACUGACAUCAUCAAUCUGAUGAGGUGUCACGUGACCAACAACUUCCACUCCCUCAAGGCCGCAUUCCUUGCGUACGACCCGGAGAGAAAGGGCAAAAUAAUGCGCAGGGAGCUGCGUAAAAUUACCGAGAGCGUGUGUAUGAAACUGACAGACAGCCAGUUCAAAGAACUAGUCAUCCUUCUGGACCCAAAACACAUGGGUUUCGUGGACUACCACCAGUUCCUCACUCUGUUCGAGGUCAAGGACGAGGACAGCAGGACAGACUGGUUCAAGCAGGACUCCUCCGAGGACCCUGGGAAGAAGACGGAGGCCCAUAUGGCACAGGAUCCGGCAGUCGCCUACGCAACGGUGGAAGAUAUCAUUAGACAGAAGUUGAUCACGAAUGGCAAUAACCUGGCGAGGGAUGUGGUGAGGAAUGGGGAUUACUAUCAACUGAUGAGCAGGGAAGCCUUGAGGAGACUCAUCACCAAACAUGCCCUUCCCCUCAGGGAGGACCACCUGGAACAGCUCUGGAACAAGAUGAAGCAGGAUGCUUCAGGGAAAGCUCCCUUCCAGGAGUUGAUGAAGGUGCUGGGUUUGGAACCAGACACUGGGGAUACAUGUGGACUGAGUGCAUUGAUCUCAAUGGAAAACGACAGAUUCCUGGCAGAGAGAAAACAAGACCACGAGGCCAGACUGGAGGACUUGGCAGUGAAGGGCAUGCAGCGGGCAGAUAGGAUGUCUGUGGAGGAGCUGAUGCGGAUGGUGCGGGAGAACAUCUACAUGCGACAGAGUGACAUCAGGAGGGAGUUCCUCCGCUAUGACGCCGACAGGGACGGAAAAGUCACCAGGCCAGAAUUGGCCAAACCUGAUAGUUGCAAAGAGUCCGGAACAUCUGGCGGCGGAACAAGUGUACGACAUCAUGAAGCUGAAGGCGGCCAGUCGAUACCCAGACCUCACUAGGGCUUUCAGGUCGAUGGAGAAGGACUCGGAUGGUAAGAUUAGCAAACACGAGUUCAGAAGACUCCUCUGGAAGUUCAACCUGCCCAUUGGCAACGAGGAGUUCGACAGACUCUGGAUGAUAUACGACCCAAUGCAGGAUGGCAGUGUGAGUUUUGAAACUUUCGUGGGUCACGUGGGGGUGGACUUCCUGGGGAAUGACAGGGGAGGGGUGAGUAGUGAGUUGAUCAAGAACAACCUGCAUGCCAUGAGGGGCCACGUGGAGGGACAGAAAAUGAGACAGGCGGACAUCACUGACAAACAGAUGCAGGCGGCCAAACACGGCCACGCCCAAGUCAUAGAACAACAACUCAGGGACAGUUUCUCGGACAACUUCUCCACCUUCUUCCGUGCAUUCAGGAGUGCAGAUGUGACUCACGAUGGAUACAUCAGCACAGACCAACUGUACAACAUUCUUCUCAGACACAACUACGUCAUGGACCAGCACACAUUCCAACAAGUGCUACACAGAUUGGGCAUGCCGACCCAGACGCGUCGAGUGAGCUACGAGAGGUUCCUGAAGGCCAUAGACAAGCAGAAGCAGGACAGCUUCGUGCCCAAGUCAGAGGACGAACUGAAAAGAGAGAUUGAAGAGCGUAGGGUGAUGAUGCAAAGAGAGGCGGAUGGUACUGGGGCGAAGGAGAUGAGGAGCAAGAGAAUGAUGGAUGGGAGGACCGACAACUGGAGUGUGAACAAAGUGGUGGAGGAGCUGAAAAAGCACGUCACCAGAAUAUCCACACACCUUCUCAAAGCGUUCCAAUCAUUCGACGAAGAAGAUACUGGCAGAAUAAAGGCCACCGACUUCAGACGCAUAGUAGAAGCAUUCUGCUUCCCGCUGAAGGACUCACAAUUCAAGGGCGUCAUCCAAACCCUGUAUCUCUACCAGGAUCUUACCAUUAGCUACAUGCAAUUCUUAGACAACUACGUACAGACCCCUGUCACAGCCGAAGACGAGACAGAUGCCAAGGGAGAGGAAAGGGUGAAAAGUGCAGCCAAGUUCUCGGAAUUGGUGAGGAGUAAGACCCCCAAGCCGGCAGAGGGGGGAAUGUCUAUGGGGGAGGUGGUGCAGAGACUGCGUGAGAUUGUGACUUCUAGGUUCUACCUGUUCGCAGAGGCCUUCUCGUCUCUGGACUAUGCCAGACUAGGUGUGAUGAGACAGGAGGACUUCAGAGGAGUGAUACAGCAGCUGGCAUUCAGACUUCUGGACGAACAAUUUGAGAGUCUUCUUGGGACCCUGAUUACUGACCAAGCGGGAAAUGUGGACUACCAGGAUUUCCUAAGAGAGUUCUCAACAGAGGGAUUCUGUGCCUCAGCAUCCCAAUCCGAGUCAUCAGGACCUGCACAUCACACACAGGGCGAGACAGGCCGACAACAACUUAGACCACAGACAUCAGGAACGAGACAGCAGCUAAACUUAGACCUCAAUGCAAAAGAACCAGAAAGGAAGCAGCGUUUGAGUAGACCUAAGAGUGCCAUGGGCAUGAUGACCUCUAACAGAAGAGGGGUCCCAAUGACGACUGGACGCACUUCCAGAAUGGGUGUAGAUAGCCGUCUUCUGGUGGACGCCAAUGAAGAGGAGCAGAAGCUGAGCCACUCCAUGUCUCACUGCUGGAAAAGUUUCCACAAGUAUUGUCGAUCUCUGGAUCCCCAAAACACUGGAACCAUUUCUAGCGAUCUUUUCAAAGCAUAUCUGAAAAAAUUGACAUCAGCCGAUUUGACUGACGAAGAAAUUGAGAAGCUCUCUUGCAAGUUCGCCUCCACUGACGGCACUGAAAGGUUUGACUAUACCAGAUUUACGCGCCACUUCGUCUUGUCCAUGAAAAAUGGAACCACGGCGCAAGAAAAGGAGACGAAGAGACCCCAGACUUCAUUUGCCCGAUACAAAUCAGAUCACGAGCUCACGCACGCUGACGAUACGAGCCGAGGAGUGAGGGAGGUUGAAGUGGACAUGGGACUGGCUGAAGUGCUGCGGAAACUGAGGGCCCAAGUGGCAGGCGGCACAAACAGGUGGAAGGAGAUGAGGCGAGAGCUGAAGAGAUUCGACAGAGACAACAGCUGCAAAGUGGAUCUAAACACUCUCAAGAAAGUGUUCGUGGCCUUCAAUGUCAAUCUAACCGAAAGUGAGUUGCUGGAGUUGGCCGACUGCUGUGGCGACUCACAGAUGAGCGGGGCCGUCAACUACAACCAGUUGUUCAGAACUGUCCUCGCCUAACCCCAAAUUGUAGUCUCUGUUUGAACUCUAAACUACCGAAUACAAUCUUUAAACGAUGAGUAAAUGAAAUUAAAUAAUGAUUCCAAUAUUAUGAAAAUAAUGACAAGUUCGAAAAUACUGAUAAACCAAAGUAAAUUUGAAGUACAAGAAUUG